GCGCAAAGGUGGUGGCGUGUCCAAGCCCAGGUCUGCGCAGCCGCCGGCGCCUUCCCGGAAGAGGUCCGGACCGAGUUGGGCGAGAGAAGUUCGACAGCAGGACGGCCCGCGGGCACCUUCAGCUCUUGUAUCCAACCAGAUGAUUUGCCUUCAGACUCACAGCCUUCAGAGUAGUUCUCUAGAUCUCUGUCUGUACUGGCCCAGGCACUUCAUCCAAGCUCAAGUUGUACUCAACCAAUGGGUUAAGGUGCUGAAAUGAUCAAAUGUUGCAAAGCUGAGGACAUGUGGUAGAAGUAACUUUAAACGUUCUCAUUAUUUAGCAAAAAGCUUGUAAGGGCAGCUUUGAUUAAAGAUGACGUCUCUGUUCACUCAAGAAAUUCACCUUUCUAAAAGACAUGAUGAAAUAGUAUCACAAAGAUUAAUAUUACUGCAACAAAUGGAGGAUAAACUUGGAGGUCAAAAUAAGGAAAAGGCAUCUCAGAUGCAAGCAGCUGAGACUGCUUUUAAAAGGAACCUUAGUCUUUUAAAGGAUAUAGAAGCGGCAGAGAAGUCUCUUCAGACCCGGAUUCACCCACUUCCACGGCCUGAGGUGGUUUCUCUUGAGACUCUUUACUGGGCAUCAGUAGAAGAAUAUAUUCCCAAAUGGGAACAGUUUCUUUUAGGAAGAGCACCAUAUCCUAUUGGUGUUGAGAAUCAAAAUGAAGCAGAAAAUACCAUUCAGAAGGAGGCGCAGCGAUAGCUUCUUCACAUACUAUUUCAAAAAAAAAACAAAAACCUGUUCCGUAAAGCUGAGUGUUCAAGAACAUGCAGGUCGCUUUAGGAAUCGGAUAUGUUCACAUUGUCUCAUUACCCCCUCAACGACAAUGAAAACUGGGAAAUCUACUGGCAACUCGCAGGCUGUCACCUACUCUUUCAACAUCAGGAAACUGCUUUCAGCCAAACCCACAGAAGUAUUAAGAACUAGUAUUGAAAGGUGGGCUCUGCUGAUUAAAUAAGUUGCUAAAUGA